GGCAGUGAGACUGUAGGUGAAGAAUGGAUACAUCAAGACAUUUUUUCGGAAAGUUGCGGAGCCUGGCAGUGCUCCUGGAGACGGAAACUGCGAACCUUCAGCAAGAAUAUAUGGAUACUGACAAUGACAACACUGAGGAGGCAGAGAGAAUUUUACAUGAACUGCAUACAGAAGUCAGAGAUUUGCAGGGGCAGGUCCAGGGUCAGCUGGCCUGCUGUGAAGCUGAGGGGAAGGAAAUGAGGAAAUUCAUGCAGAAUUGUCUGGUGCUUAAGCAGAGGACUACAGAGGAUAUUCACAGACUGAAGAAACACUUUGAGAAGUAUGGCUACAGACCACCCACAUCCACUCAGAUGCAAUUGGAGGUGCAAGAUCAAGAAGGGGAAGGUGUUGCUACUGGGACCCAGGAGCAGGAGAAAAAGGAGGAUCAGGAGCACCUCCCCUCUAUGACCCCUGUGAAGAUCCCUCCCCCUGCGUCCACUGACCCUAUGCGUACCCCACGCCUCUCUGACUUUGGCCUCUCAGAGGCCAACUUCAGGGAGUGGAGCAAUCUAGGGAAGUCCCUUGGUGAGGUCCCUCAGGCACCCUGCAUGACAGCCCCUACCUUGGCUGCCACAUCACAGCCAGUCCUUCCCAAAACACCUAAGUGCGCCCUGCGAAUGGACGAGGAGGCCCUCACACCUCGCCUGGAGGACUUCGGUAUCACAGAGCACACCAUGUGUCUGAACAACGACUUCACCAUGGACCUGCUGCGCAAGAAGGACAGCAAGCCUUGCAGGUCGGUGGCGGGGUGUGGCAAUCCUGAGGCGGCUCAGAGACCAGAGCAGCAUACUCCAGCACCAGCCUCUUCCACCCACAGCUCGGAGACCAGCGAGACCAUGGACUCUCCAGAACCCCCUAGUCUUAUGACUCCAGGUUUCAAGCUGAAAAAAACACAGGCCUGUCUUUCAACUCCUCCUAAUGAAGAUGCAGACCCCCAGCAUCCCGUCCGCCCAGGUCAUGGACGUUCCACCCCUGAGGUCCCUGUGUUUGAGACCCCCUACGUCGUCAAGUUCCUCAACGUGGUGAAGUCGAGGGAGCGGGACCACUGCACUGAUGCUGACCAGGAAGAGAAGCCCCGCCCCAAUGAACACCCAUCCUCCAGCAGAGCCCCGGACGCCAGCGGAGUCUGGACACGCGACGUCCCUGACUUACCACUCAGACUUUCACAGACGGACGAGCCCACACCUGAGAUGCCAACUCUUGAGAUGUUUUUAGGAAACAGUUUUCCUCAUAGGACCAGGGCUGAUGGGAAACUGCUGCCUGAGGAGAAGGGUGCUGGGGAGCAGUUGGGUCUGAAUGGAGAGACCCCUCCCUCCUUGGAAUGUCAUGAGAUCUACACUCAGGAGUGGAGGCUGGCGACUCCCCCAGGCAGGGCAGACUGCACCAUGGACCCCCGCACCCCUGAAAUGCCAGAUGUCAGCUCCGUCACGCAGGACAUCUUCAAACUCGUGUCUCAGUGCAAUACAAAAGCGUCUGCUCCUGUGGAUUCGAACCUGAAACCUGGGGCUAAACCCAACCCCAAAGCAGCUGCUCUGACUGCAGCCACUGCGGGGAAAGAAAACUGGUCUCAGGGUCUUGCCCCAGUGUCAGAAAAGGAGUUCAUGAGCCUGCCAGGGUACCUGCGACAGAUGCAACUAUCCAGCCUCAACCAGGCCAUUCAGAAAAUCAGCGAUGCCCUGGAGGACGGUCACAGCGGAGGCGAUGCCGACUCAUCUGUGUUUCCGAUUGAGGACCUUCGGAGAAUCACAGGGGUGGGGCUGAAGGCCCCCAUCUACUUCCUGUGUCUCACAGAGCUGAAGAGGUUGGCGUACGUUCAGGGAGAGGGCGCCAGCGCUGUGUACCGAGUUCUCACAUCCAGCUAAACACAAGGAAGUAUCUUCCACCCGUUUAACACACAUCAAGGACCCUGCGAAGGCUUCUGCUCACCUU